GGUUUCUGUGCACUGGAGCCCAACAUAAACCCUAAAACCUGGAAGAUUAAUCUCUUGCAAUCUUUCUGCACCGGAUCGCUCUGGUGGUGCCCGUACGAUGGGCGACGCAAGUUCGUCGGCUAAUCUACUGAAGGAACAGAACCUUGUGAAACUGGAGCGAGAGCUAGAGUUCAGGAUAGAUCUUUUCAGCGGACUUGUUAAGACAUGCUUCAAUAAGUGCAUUGAUAGAAGGUAUAAAGAAACUGAACUAUAUAUUGGUGAAAACAGUUGCAUUGAUCGCUGUACCGCAAAAUAUGUUCAAGCAUCAAAUAUGAUUGGGCAAAUUCUGGCUUCUCAGAAACCAUCUUCUUGAAGAUUUGUUACUAAACUCAUCAUAACACCAGAGCUGAUGACAAGAUGAGAUUUUCUUUUUCAACUUGGAUCACAUUUGUGAAUUAAUUUUGAUUGAGAUUUAUAAAUUUUUUUAAUAGCUAUUGGCAAAUCAAUUUAUGUUGCCCCAUGUGGGAAACAAUGAAAUUCCAAGGUAAUUUUAAGAACGCGAGGAAUGUAUUUUGAGAGAGAAUGUUGAUCCAAUAUUUGUAUCUUGAUCAUUUCCUGUUUUUCUUUAAGAUGUUAACCAUUUGUCUGUUUAAUUGACCGGAUAACAAAACUGACAAUUAUUAGAAGGAAAAUUGAACAAUUAAGCUUCUCUUUUCCUCUUUAUAUUUACACUUUUUAUUCUUUCUAUUAGGAAUUCUUUAAUGUACUUUAGGGUCUAUUUACAUCGUGAAAAAUAUUGUUCAUGCCUCUGAAAUAUGAUAGAGACGGGUUGUUGUUGUUUGUAGGGAGGCAAGAACUACUAAGUUGUUCCAACAUUUCAGAGGCAUGAACUAAGCAUUCUACCUCCUAAAUUGGAACUAAAACGACAUUAUUUCUCAAAUUAUUUUUUUAUAAUAUUCAUUUAUUUUAUAAAGAAAAUAAAAUCACUCUUGUUUUACUACAUAUCAUCAUCCAUUUUUUCAGACAUUCAAUUUGCACUAAUAAAUGAAUUAAAGACCAGCUCAGAAUAAUUUUUUCUAAUUUCUAUGAAUGAAUCUCUCUCCUUUUUUGGUAUAUAUAUAAUUUUUUUCAUAAAUGCAUAAUCAUUUUAAUCAUAUGCGUUUCUUUCUAUUUAUUAAAUUCUUUUUUUGUAAAUGUCGUUCUUUCUUGCUGGCAUCUGGAAGUGCGCCCGAAAAGAAGUCAAGCAUAUCAUAUCUUCCGCAUCUCUGUCGACGCCUGUCUCAUCUUUGCUAGUGAUGGGUUCGACCAACUCCACAUGAAAGCAAGGGCAUUAUGAUGCAAUGGGAUCUCCUUUUUCUCCUCAUUUCUUCUCUGGGCAGUUGAAGAGGGCAAGGCCGAGCGACCGUAGCGGAAGAAGCAGGUGAAGACAAUGGCAGGCGAUCGGAAGAUAGGGGUGGCGCUGGACUUCUCCAAGAGCAGCAAGCGUGCUCUCGAAUGGGCCAUCGACAACCUGCUCGGCCAGGGGGAGACUUUCGUUGUCCUCCACGUCCGACAUCCCAAGUCAUCCUCCACCGCCGAUCUCUCUUCCGACUCUGCUCUGAUUCCUCUGGCGGAGUUCCGUGAGCCGGAGGUGUUGAAACGCUACCAUUUGGAGACGGACAUUGAAGUCCUUGACGCGCUCGACACAGCGGCCAGGCAAAAGGAGGCCAAAAUUGUACUGAAAUUGUACACGGGGGAUGCGAGGGAGAAGCUCUGCGAGGCCGUGGAGGAACUGAAGCUGGACUCGCUGGUAAUAGGCUGCAGGGGACUCGGCAUGAUCCAGAGGAUUCUUCUGGGCAGCGUAUCGAGCCAUGUAGUGAUGCAUGCAGCAUGCCCUGUUACCGUCGUCAAAUAAACCCUACUUCAAGCAUUAGCAGAUCCUAUGUCCUUGACAUACUUCACAGAGUAAGCAGAAAAUUCAUGAGCGAAGAACAGCAUCCCUGAAGAACAUCCUUCGUUCUAAAUAACUUUACACGAAGUACGCGAACAUUAUAUACUAGUGUAAAACUAAAUCUUGCGAGCUUGAACUCAUUGUGUGUUUCUUGAACUAUGCCGGUAGUCUUAUUGCAGUAGUAUUGUUAUUAUUA